AUGCCAAGUGACGACUACACACCGAUACCUCUCCUCGAGGAGGAGAAGCAAAUCGAGUCCGAGCCUUGGAAGCGUCGGUCUAGCGAUUCCAGCCUAAGGCUGUUCUUCCAGACAGAAAACGGUCGGAGGAUAGAACCUCACUGGAUCUGGAUCGCCCACGUCGCGUCGCUCUCGAUCUCCAUCACCCUCUUUACGCUCGCGUUCUGCUUACACAAUGCGCGGCCGUCCAACCUUACUGUCACGACGGAGUAUUCCACCUAUUCACCCGCAGCACCUGUUGUGAAGUAUGAUACAGUCCGGUACAACCUGACACCCGUGAUGGAAUGGUCACCCUAUGUCGGCAAGGGGCCAGAAGUCGACGACGAGUGGGAGAAAAUCUCCAGAGUCGGCGACAUGAUGAUAUCCCACGAAGAAGUCGAACGCCUAGGCCUCUCCGCCGACUCCCUAAAGAUCACUGACCCCAAGACCGGCCGCGAGGGCUACCGCGCGGCCAUUGAAGUCUUCCAUCAGCUGCACUGUCUUAACCUGCUGCGGCAGUUUACCUGGAAGGAGCACUACUCCCAUACGGGGGGCGAUAUUGACGCGCCUGUGGCGGAUAUCAGGGGGCAUGUUGACCACUGCCUGGAAACGCUGCGGAUGACCCUGAUGUGUCAGGCGGAUAUUGGCGUGUUCACCUUCAAGGUGUACCCGGAGCUGGGCGACAAUGACCCGUGGCCGGACUUUUCGACGCUGCACACAUGCCGGAACUUUGAAGAUAUUCGGACGUGGGCGCGGGAUCGGGCUGUGACGUGGGAUGAUAAUGCGUGA